ACAACAACAGUUUGAUUUUGAAGGCGAGGCCAGUGUGAAGUCAGCGUGAGGAGCGUCUUGUCUUGUCGCCUCUCCUCUCCCUUUCUCGUCCCUCCCCUUUCUCCUCGCAGACACGUCGCCUCCGAGAUUCCUCGGCCCCGACGCAGCCCUCAGCCAAUUUCGCCCACCCGAAUCAGCAGCCCCGGCGGUGGUUCUCCUCGGUCGCCCUUCUCGGCAGCGGCAAGCGCGCGCUCAUCUGUUCAGGUCAGGGUCCCUUCUUGCCUGUUCCUCGAUUUUCAGAGAACGCUUGCCUGUUCCUCCCUGCUGUCUCGAGUGCCUGUCGAUCCGGGCCGGCAGCGUGCUUUGAUGCGGCAAGGACGAGGUCGCGGCGCCGGCGUGCUAUGGCCCCGCCCCUGCCCCCCUCCGUCUUCCUUUUUUUAAAAGGUUGAGCUGAUUUGCUACAUCAUGUAAUGUGUUGCUUCUCGGAGGCAAAGAAUCAGUUCUCAAAUUCAUGGAUAAAUGACAAUGAGUUGUAGGUCUUGCUUAAUUGUUGGACUUUAGCCAAGAAGGCUUGAUGGAACCUAGAAAAGAUGAUGUCCUCUCUAAAGCUCAAAGUACUGUACAUGGAUCCCCGAGCUCGAGCUCAGCAUCUACCAGCUCUCCAGUUCCAGAGUACCCUGCUACAAGCACCACUAAGCCCGUCCUUAAUUUUUCAAUUCAGACUGGGGAGGAGUUUGCUCUUGAAUUCAUGAGAGAUCGAGCUAUAUCCAAAAAGCAUCUGGUUCCCGUUAUGCCUCGUGAUCAAAAUGCUGCAUCUGUUGCCGAUCUUAAAAGUUCUAGAGGAAUCCUUGGUGCUCACCGUACGGGAGCAGAAAGUAGGUUUGAUGCAUCGAUUUUUUUGACAACAGAUAAUCAGCAACCAGAUGAGCUUGAAAGAAGAUCUUUUGCUGAAAAUGAAAACAGAAGCAGGCACAUAUCAACUAGGUCGGUUCCACGAGCUCCCUCCAGUGGUGGAAGUAGUCAUGGACUGGCCCAUGGCUAUGCUUCUUCUGGGGCCUCAGACACCUCAAGAAGGAUAAAAAUUCUCUGUAGCUUUGGGGGGAAAAUAUUACCCCGACCAAGUGAUGGAAAGCUUAGGUAUGCAGGUGGCGAGACACAUAUAAUCCGUAUCAGUAGGAAUAUUUCCUGGCAGGAGCUCAAACAGAAGACAACAGCCAUCUUUAAUCAACCUCAUAUUAUCAAGUAUCAGCUGCCAGGUGAAGAUCUUGAUGCACUGAUUUCAGUUUCAAAUGAUGAAGAUUUGAGAAACAUGAUGGAGGAAUGUGGCUUCCUUGAUAGUGGGGAGGGGUCCCAGAAGCUUAGGAUCUUCCUCGUUUCCUCGAUUGAUUUUGAUGACAUGAAUUUCAGCCUUGGCAGUAUGGAUAGUGAUUCUGGUAUCCAGUAUGUUGUUGCCAUCAAUGGUAUGGACGUGGGAGCUGCAAAGACUUCAAGUGGGCAUGGUUUAGUAAACACUUCCAUCAAUGAAUUUGGUCAGUUUAUUAAUUUCAAUGUUGAUAGUACUCCGGCAGAUCUAAGGAAAACUGGUUCUAAUUUGCAUAGUCUGAAUGAAUCAACUUCUGUCCCUCCUGCUAUUAUGUCAAGACCAGUACCGGUGGGUCUAUCCAGUGAUAAUACAGCAACUUUGCAUUCUUACCCUAACCAUGGGAUCCAGCAUGUGCAUGGUUCUGAUUUCUCUUAUCCAACUUCCAGUGAACAAUUUCAUGAUAGCGAGGGCCAGAUGUCUAUUCCUCUAUCAACACCUUCUGAUUUUAGAUAUACUUCCCAGUAUGCACCUUAUUCCGGAACUGCUUCACUCCAAUCUUUUGAGCAACAGUCAUAUCAGGAUGGCAUGGCAGUAGGAUCAGUGAAGAAGGAAAAACGGGAUUCUGUCAAAAUGCCGCUUCAAAACAAUGGACUGGAUUAUUUUCGGUCCCUUGAGAAUCUGAGUGCUCCUAUGCUGGAUCACGAGUCUUCUGCUCUGAAAUAUAUGCAUUCAGAAUUGCCUGCUACUUCUUCUGUUCAAGAAGGCCUAGCAUCUUCUGUCCAUCCAAGUUACAGUGUGAAGAGCCUAGAGACUUAUACCGCGUCAAAAACUAUGUCCCCUACUCAGGCUUCAGAGUGUAAUGAAGAUGAUCGGCAAUCCAGUGAAGCUUUUGCAUCUGGGUGUUCUGAAUUUCAAGUUGACAUGUCGGAUCACAGUAAUAAGAAUUCACCACCUCACCCUGGACGAGUUUUUCAUUCUGAGUGGAUUCCAAGGGAGCAGGCAGGGUUUCUGAACCGGUUAUCUAAAUCUGAUGAUCCACUUAAUUCUCAGAUUCUAAUUCUUCAAUCACAGUCUGGUGUGGCAAAUGAAUCAAUUGCAGAAGCUAUUGAUCCUGCAGUUGAGGGGACUGAAAAAUCAAAUUUAGCCACCUGGGCGUUAAAUUUGAAUGAUCCAAUUACUGAUGAUAGUCUCAUACAGUUUGGGAAGGAAUAUGUCAAUACUGUACAACAGACUUCUCCAUUUAAUGAACAACUGUUUGGUGAGACGAUGUCCUCAAAUGAUACGUGUAUGCAUGUAGCGGAAAAGAUUGUAGUCAAAGGUAAAGUUACGGAGGCAACUACUGAUGGCAUAGAAGCAACUAAUCUGCGGGGAGAUCAGGUUGCUAUGCCACAUAGUUGGGAUGCUCCCAAGCCUGCAUUCUCAACUGAUGUUGAAUCUGAUCCAGUUGUGUCAUGUUCCACUAGUACAGUAGAUGAUUCUCGUAAGGAACAUAUUAUCCCUAAAACACAUGAUAAAGAUGUUGCUGGUUGUACCGGACCUACUGGUGAGAGGAGCUCCCCUGAUAUUCUUUCUGACUUCUUUGCGAAAGCUAACACUGCAGCGCAAUCACCACAUCCUCUUAAUGAUCCUAUCCUUAGCUUGAACAUGCCUAACUAUGAACCCCAAAGGUGGUCAUUCUUCAGAAAUCUUGCACAAAAUGAGUUUCAACAUAAAGACAGGGACAAAGAUCUAGCAAAGAUUGAGGAGGGGUCUUACCCUUUUGCACAUUUAGAGCAUGACAUGGUUAAUGUGAAGAAUUUCCCCCCUCAGGAUGUUAUUCAUGUGGGAACACAUUCAGUGCCUUCCAGCACCAAUGUUGAUUCUACUAUUUUGCCGCCAACUUUUAUCCCAUCACAAACUGACAACCCACCGAUGAUGAAGACCGUUGAAGGGUUUCAGGUUGAUAAUCCUUUUACAAAUAUGCGUGAGAUGAUACCAUCUGUUCCUGAAUUUGAGGAGCCAAAGUUUGAAGAGAGCAGAGCUGUUGGACCUGUCAUGGAUGCUUCUUUUGUAGAUAACGAUUUUGAAUACUUGCAGAUCAUCAAGAAUGAAGACCUUGAAGAACUUAGGGAACUUGGUUCUGGCACAUUUGGGACUGUAUACCAUGGUAAAUGGAGAGGAAGUGAUGUGGCUAUUAAGAGAAUAAAGAAAAGCUGUUUUACAGGGCGAUCUUCAGAGCUGGAAAGAUUAGCAAACGAAUUCUGGCGCGAAGCUGAAAUUCUCUCAAAGCUUCACCAUCCAAAUGUUGUGGCUUUUUAUGGUGUUGUGAAAGAUGGGCCAGGUGGUACCUUGGCGACUGUAACUGAAUUUAUGGUGAAUGGUUCUCUUCGGCAUGUCUUGCAGCGCAACAACAGAAAUCUUGAUCGUCGUAAGCGGCUCAUCAUAGCAAUGGAUGCAGCAUUUGGGCUGGAGUAUUUGCACUCCAAAAAUAUUGUGCACUUUGAUUUGAAGUGUGAUAACUUGCUCGUGAAUCUUAAAGACCAAUCGCGUCCUAUUUGUAAAGUCGGUGACUUUGGCUUAUCGAAAAUAAAAAGAAAUACCCUGGUUUCAGGUGGUGUGAGAGGCACCCUUCCAUGGAUGGCCCCUGAAUUACUGAAUGGAGGCAGCAAUAAGGUGUCUGAGAAGGUUGAUGUAUUUUCCUUUGGCAUUGUCAUGUGGGAAAUCCUCACUGGAGAAGAACCUUACGCCAAUAUGCAUUAUGGUGCAAUUAUAGGAGGUAUCGUAAACAACACAUUGAGGCCGCAUGUGCCAGCCUCAUGUGACCCUGAGUGGAGGAGGCUAAUGGAGCAGUGUUGGGCCCCAGAUCCGGCUCAACGUCCAGCCUUCACAGAGAUUGCUGGGCGGCUCCGUUCCAUGUCGGUGGCGGCGAGUCAGGUCAAGGCAACCUCCAAAUAAAGGAUGCAGGUGGAGUACUUCUAUAUUCCAAUUGGUUGCUUUUCUUUUUUCUUGAAAUCAAUACAUACAUGUAAGUUAUAGAGGUGUAAAAUUAGUCAUUAGCGCUGUAUACCAUUUGUAUAUAUACCAUUUGUACCAUCUCAUGGGCUGAUCUGUCUCCAUUUUUCAUGCCAGAAUUUGUUUGGGGGUUGUAUAAUGGAUAUGUUAGAGAGAGAUAUUCUAAUUGCAAAAGGACUCCUGUUUCUUUAUCU